AUGCUGUCGAGAGCGGCACGGCCAGCUCUCAGAGCUGGAGCUUCGGCUUCCCGGUCUCUUACGGCGACGCCGUUGGCGACGUAUGCGACGCUCCGAGAGAUCGAGGGUCGUCUCAAGUCGAUCCGCAACAUCGAAAAGAUCACGAAGACGAUGAAGAUCGUGGCAUCGACGAAGCUGACGCGGGCACAGCGUGCCAUGUUAGCGAGCCGCAAGUACGGCGAGACGUCGAACGAGGUGUUUGAGUCGGCCGAGACGAAGCCGCUGGAGGCCAGCGAGGCGAGCGAGGGCGCGCCGAAGAAGACGCUGCUGAUCGUGUGCAGCUCGGACAAGGGCCUGUGUGGCGGCAUCCACUCGGGUCUAUCGCGCACGGUGCGCAAGCUGUUCGCGGAGGCGGCGCUGGCGGGCGCGGCGCCGCAGACGUCGUACGACCUGGUGCUGCUGGGCGAAAAGUCCAAGGCGCAGCUGCAGCGGACGAACAACAAGGAUGUGGUGCUGUCGUUUGCCGGCGUCGGCAAGGAUAUUCCGUCGUUUGCCGAGGCCCAGGCCAUUGCAGACCAGAUUGUUCAGCUGCCGGGCGAGUAUGCGUCCGUCAAGAUCCUGUACAACAAGUUUGUCAAUGCCCAGAGCUACGAGCCGACGGCCAUCGAGGCUUUCUCCGAGGAGGCUGUCGCAGCCUCGCCCAACUUCUCCGUCUUCGAGGUCGACGACUCCACGCUGCCCAACCUGCAGGAGUAUGCCCUGGCCAACUCGCUCUUCUGGGCUCUUGCUGAGGGCCACGCCUGCGAGCAGUCUGCCCGUCGCAACGCUAUGGACAACGCCUCCAAGAAUGCCGGUGAGAUGAUCAGCCGGUACCAGAUCCUGUUCAACCGUACGCGCCAGUCCGUGAUCACGGGCGAGCUGGUGGAGAUCAUUACGGGUGCCACGGCCUCGGAGGAUAUGUAA